UUAAAAAGAGGGAGGAUAAACAAAGUGCUGAAGAAAACGGAAGGCGGGAACUGAUAACGGAACACUUUGGCAGCCGUUCUCUUAAUUGAAACUUGAAGAAAAUGGAGGGCAUUAACAAUGGCGGAGGAAGAACAACAAUAAUAGGAAGCACUGGAACUAUCAAUCUCUCUCCUCCACGUCAUCAACAACAACAACAACAAACAGUAGAUCUCACUGGGAAAGUGCAUCAAAUCCCUUGUUGUAUCAAAUCCAACGGCCCCUCCGAUGUGUCCAACUAUUUCAAACCUAAAUCUUCUGGGGUUGAAAUUGAUGGUGGUUUAGCAGUAGAAGAAGCCUGUUUUAGAGGCAGGAAUUUGCAAGGGGUUACUCUUCCUCUUCCUGAAGGUUAUUCUGGAUUUAUAUUGGGAAAGAAGAACUCUAAUAAAAACAAGACUAAGAAAACAGUGGGAAGAAGUAAAGCUUUAGAAACUUCUUCCAACAGCAGUGAAAAUGAUUGGGAAACACUAGCUAAAUGUGGAAGUAUGACAUUCUGGAAUCAUGAUAGUCUUCCUUCACAAGAUGAUGCCUUUAUGCGUUUGUUUCAUUGUUUUGCUGUUGCCAAAGCGCUGCAUGAGCCUGUAAGCGUUGAAGAACUGAAGAUCUGAAAUUUUGACACAGAAGAGGAUCAAUAACUUGCAAUGUGGUCUGCAACUUUCUCUACAAAUAUCAAAUUCCAGCAUCUGAGAAGAUUUUUUUACUGAUAUAGGAGAAAUAUUUGCCAAUGUAUUAUCAUGAGUUCAUGACAAAUUGUCAUGUUUGGAUGUUUCGCGAUUUAACAUUUGUUGUAACAUGUAUUUGUAGCUCUUGCUAACUACUAGCGUUAGGCUGAAUAAUGCUGAUGUAUUCGUGUAAUCUUGUUGAAUGUUAUAUGAAAGUAUAUAUUUUCUUACUUAA